UGUCACAUCCAGAUUAUUCUUUUAUUCUAAUCAUUCCUGCUAGUUCCUCAAACAAACUUUUAAGGAGCUGACUAUACCGCUUCCCCAAAAUAGCUGGGUCUUCCGUGUUCUUUAAACAUUUGGUUAUUGUUUUAAAUCUUGUUGUAGAAACUUGCUUUAGCUCAUCACAGUUGGUCCAGCUUGAGGUCAGCCUUAGUGAGGAAGAGGAGUGAACAAUUUAGUUGCAAAACUAUACUCUUGGUGUUCCCUUUUGAUGUUUUCCCUGAGAACCUUUCCCCAGUUUGUUAGCUAGCAGUCUGGAAGUGUGUGUGAAUAAAGUCACCAGCCAGUAGACUGCUCUUACCCAGUGCACAAGAUUACACAGGAACACAUAUCUGUGGAUCUGUUAUCAGCUGAAAGAAACACCCCUUAUCUGAGCCUCACUUAUGCCUUCUAAAACAGAAGACCGGGCACCAUGACAACCCUGGAUGAUAAACUGCUGGGGGAGAAACUACAGUACUAUUACAGCACCAGCGAGGAUGAGGACAGUGACCAUGAAGACAGAGACAGAGCUCCAGCCAGCAGCUCCACACCUGCAGAGGCCGAGUUGGCAGGCGAAGGCAUUUCAGUCAAUACAGGUCCUAAAGGUGUGAUCAAUGACUGGCGCCGCUUCAAGCAGUUGGAGACAGAGCAGAGGGAAGAGCAGUGCCGGGAGAUGGAACGGCUGAUCAAAAAGCUGUCUAUGACCUGCAGGUCCCAUCUGGACGAAGAGGAGGAGCAGCAGAAACAGAAGGACCUCCAGGAGAAAAUCAGUGGGAAGAUGACUCUGAAGGAGUUUGCUACAGUAGACAAGACCCUGGAUGACGAAGAGUUUCUGCAGCAAUAUCGGAAGCAGAGAAUGGAAGAGAUGAGGCAGCAGUUUCAUAAAGGGCCCCAGUUCAAGCAAGUUUUUGAGAUUCCCAGUGGAGAAGGAUUUUUAGACAUGAUUGAUAAAGAACAGAAAAACACCCUUAUCAUGGUUCAUAUUUAUGAAGAUGGCAUCCCGGGGACUGAAGCCAUGAAUGGCUGCAUGCUCUGCCUUGCCACAGAGUACCCGGCUGUCAAAUUCUGCCGAGUGAGGAGCUCAGUUAUUGGGGCCAGCAGUCGUUUUACCCGGAAUGCCCUUCCUGCUCUGCUCAUCUACAAGGCGGGUGAAUUAAUUGGCAAUUUUGUUCGUGUCACUGACCAGCUGGGGGAAGACUUCUUUGCUGUAGACCUUGAAGCUUUCCUACAGGAAUUUGGAUUGCUCCCAGAAAAAGAAGUCUUGGUGCUGACAUCUGUUCGAAACUCUGCCACCUGUCAUAGUGAAGAUAGCGAUCUGGAAUUAGAUUGAACUGAUAAUUUAGUUCCAUAGCUAUCUCAUUUCUUGGGCUAGAGGACACAUGUCUGUAUUUCUGUCCCUCCUGUAUCUUCUGGCUUUACAGCUGUUCUUCAUAGUCUCAUUUAGUAUAUAUGAAAGUCAAGAAAUUCUUAGAUUAAAUCAGAAUGUCAACUCACGUUGUGGCUAGCAGUAAAGUGACUUUAGAGUAUAUAAACAGAAGCUUAGCUUUGAGCUUUUUACUUAUCUAGUGUGUUUUCUCUGAUAUUGUUUCUAGUCAAUAUUGACAUGACACCCUUGAAGGCAAUGUCUUGAAAAUUGUCUUUUAAUAACCUCAGAGUUCCACCAGAUCUGAGAGUAUAAUUCCUUAGUGAGUAUGUUAUGUGUAAUAUAAAUAGUGCAUUUCCAUAAUCACUUGAUUGAAAAUCAUGUUUCCUUGUAAUCAGACUCAUAACUCUACUUUCUUUUUUUCUAGACUCUUCACCAGGGUCUGACUUAGAGGCUUCAUACAAGGUUAGUGAUGUAGCUCAGUGGUGAACACUUACUUGGAGCAUAUAUAGGCUUCAAGACUGACACUUAUAUGGGUAGAGCUUGAAGCCUCAGUAGGAGGACCUUUCUGUUUUGCUCAUCAACUUUAUUCAUUUUAUUUAACAAGAUAACUUCUUAUUUAACCUAGAUUUCUUUUUAAAAAAAAUCUUUUUUUUCUAGUUAGAAAAAAUUCAUAUUUAGUAGAGGAAAAUUGGCCAAAUAUAGAUGCAAAAAUGGUUUAAUAUACAUAUAUAUAUUUCUACCACAUAAACGCUACGCUUUGGUAUAUUUCAUAUGUAAGUUUUUUUAAAUGUAUUCAGAGGCUUUUGUUUGUUUUUAAAUGAAAUUGGGAUCAUUCUGAGCAUACUGUCUGAUCAUAUGGUCAGCCACUAACAUCAGAAUUUUGUUCAUAUUAGUAAAUACUCUUUUAAUAGUAGAUUAAUUGGUAGAUAUACUGUAAUCUGCUUGGUGGUUAUUUUUUAGAAAGAUGGCAAACUUUUUUAUUAUUAUGAAAGCAACAUGUUCAAUUGUAGAACAUAUAAUAAAAAUUACGCUUAAAAUAUA